AUGAAGGCCGUACGUACGCGUGAAGAAUCCCUUCAUGACCUUCAACGGCGCCGGUGGUGUACUGCAGCGUCCUUAGAGAGCAUCAAGAAAAAGCUCACCCGGAUGAAUCAUACUAAGGUGUUCGUGGACCAUUUCAUGCAAGGACAUGCGAGAUUUGGAUGCAAAAUUGCGCACGAACAAUCGACGAUCGCGGUUUUUAAACGUAAAUGCACAAAAAACUGGCUGACACUUAAGUUUAGAGGUCUUGCAGAGUACUGUGAAAAGGGCAUGGUAUGCUCUGUACGCCGUGCUAAUUAUGAAGAAAUGCUACGUUGGGUUCGAGCACUGCUCGUCAUCUCGAGACGGUCUUCCUCUUUACAAAAAACGGACGGGCUUCGUAAUCCCCUGGACUUCCCCGCUAUAGCGUCCCUACCUCAUUCACAUAUAAAUCUCCAUGAGGACUCCCGGCCCCCACCAGUACCGCCCACUACCCAAUCCUGGUGGCCCAUUCGGACAGGUCGGGCAUCACCGGCUAUUGUCGAGGUCCCUCCUGUUUGCUGGAUCUCACGCAUCCGUUUACAGCGGAAUGCUUCAGCCGAUGCUCCCGCCAAAGACAAUGAAUGGAUUCGUGACGAAGACUAUGUUUCUCCUCCAAAUCCCGAUUCACAACGACCACCCGCAGCAGGGCAGAUCAAUACUGGAGAGCACGGAAGCGGUCGGUUGUGUUUUUUUUUCUUUUAG